CAGGGGCCAAGGCAUUCCUGCACAGCCCCUAGCACCAGAAAUCCCUCCUUCCUUCAGACAGCUCCUAGCUCCUGGCGCUCCUCCCACUCCAGGGCCACCCCUUGGUCCUAGGCAUUUCUUCAAACCUAGAGACACUUGGCCUCCUCUAAUAUCAGACCCCCUCCUGCCCCCCAGAACACCUACAUCUAGAGUCCCACCCACCUCUGGAGAGGUGUCAGCACUUGUUUCUGGAGGCUCUGCUGCCCACGGGGAGCUCCUGAUAUCCAGGACCUCCCACUUCCAGCCUCCUGCCGUCCAUGAGCAAGCUCCCUUCUCUACCCCUGAACAGCAAGGCCCAUCAUGGGCCGUUCAUGAGCAGGCCUUCAUACCAACAAUCUCUCCCACCCCAUUGCAUCCCUCCACAGCAGAGGCCCUCCCAACCCCCGGAAGAACUCAGAGAAUUUCCCCCUCUUCAGCCAAACCUCUAAAACCUAAAUCAGCAAGAGCCGUCCCAGGUACUGCUCUGGGUCUCGGGGCCCCUCAGGCUCCUUUCCCUAUUGAGAAGACCCAACCACCUAUGAUUUCUGGCACUACAGGACAAACUCAAGUACUCCAAGAUUCUUAUGGCAUGCAGCCAUUUGGAAUAUUUCAGCCUCGUGUCACCAGCUCCAGGAUACCGAGGUCACAGUCCCCUCUCAUGGGUGAGAAAGCCCUUUCCAGAGAGAAGCCGGGAAUACCACUACCAUCUCUUACAACUCAACUCCCCCAAACACCACAGAUCUCAAUUUCUGAAAAGGGUCAGAAACCAUGGUUCCCCCCGAUAGACAAGCCCUGGACACCAACCCCUGUUUCUGGUACCAGAGAAGCCAAGAUGAUGGUGUCCCCUUUCACUGAUCAGUACCCUGAAGACAGAUAUGUUGUUGAUGUGGAGGCUCAGAGGAAGAAUCUGGCCACAUUAAAUCAGGCUGCACAAACUUCUGGACUCCCUGCACAGUAUCUCACAAUCGCCAAGAAUCUCAUAAUCGAAUUACUUCAUAUAGAUACAGUUCGGCUGGGGUAUCUGUCCCGCAAGUAUGUUGCCUAUAGACUGAUCCAGCUUGCCAGAAACCACCUAACCAAACGAGUGAAAACCAUCCAAAACACUGGGAAGGGGUAUGAGACUCAGAAGCUGUACAUCAUGCUGGACAGAAUUGAUCAGUACCAGAAGAAGGCGAUGCAGGGUUGGACAGACAGGCAGAAGCAGUUGGAUCAGAGACGGAAGCAGUGCCUGCGGUCUAUGACACACAUCUUCAGCCAGCUUGAAAAGGCAUUUAAACUGACUCUCAGCCAGCCCAUGCCCUCGGUCCCCAGCUUUAAGAAGAUACCCGAGUUUACCAAACUUCAACGGCCAGUCUUGGAGAUAUUAAUUGAUGACAGCAAAAGAUCUGACCUUUUCAAAACACUCGGACAAGCUCCGCUGGAGGCCGUGUGGAACGCUGACCUGUCCACGGCAAGCUACCCAAUCAUGGAGAAGGCACCGAUGAGUGCGCUCUGGGCCCAGCUGGGUGGCUACCCAGACAUCCCUAAGCUACUACAGUUAGACAUCCAGUCGACCUUCAGAAAAUCUCUUGCUUCCAUCCGGUCACAGUCUAAGAAGAUUCGCAAGUGACCACAAAACUAAAGACAAGCACGUAGAAAGCAAAUUUCAAUGUUUCAUUAAAAU